AUGGCGGACCCUUUUGAGGUUCGCAUGCGGUUCAGCUUGCAGCUGCAGCACCUGAAUGCUUCAGUAAAUUCUGCACAAAAGGCUGCUCAGUAUGCUCUGAAAUACAAGGAUAUGGAUGAGGACUUGCACUCGUGCAUUCUGGAGCAAGUUGAGCGAAAUAACAUGAAUACUCGUGCAAACAUCAUGUACUUCAUCGAGCAUUUUCUGGACUUGGCGACGGCAGGGCACGCUGAGUAUGUUCGCAUGAUGCAGCGAGAUAUUAUUCGAGUGGUCGACGCUGUUGCGCCUGAUGACGGAUCUGGCGCCACAAAUGUCAAGGUGGUUCGAAAGGUUUUGCAAGGUUUGCAGAGUAAGGGGCACCUAGAGCCUCAAGCGGUCAGCCAGAUUGAGGAUGUUCUGAAAGAGCGAGAGACAAACGACGCGGAUUUAAGUCCUGCUUCGCCAACUGCUGAUGUUGAGAUGACGGACAAGCCCGAUGUCCAGACCGCGUCCAAGUCGGCGCAGAAAUCGGCAGCACACCGCUUGGAUAAGCGUCAAGUCGAACAGCGCAUAGAAGAGGAUAGGGAACGGCACAAGCGGCAACGAGAGAGUAUUUGGGCUAUUCCCAAGACUGACGACGCGGAGAUGAACAAGUUGUGGGAGGAGACUAGCGAUUAUGGCGAGGAUGAUGACCGUUUGCUCACUGAAGAGGCUGAUGACUUUGUCAAGGAGAUGGAGAUGCAGCAUUGCCCUCAUAGACGUGCUGCAAAUGGGGAUCAUCACUAG